AUGUCGUCUCUCGUUCUCUCCAACCUUGCAGCUCAAACGCGCGUUGUUCAUGCUCAAACGAGGAUCCAACACCACUUCAGAAGGCGCUGGGUUCACAAUUCGUUGAAGAAACAAGCCAUUAUGAUGCCUGCACUGUCACCGUUCGCAACAGAAGGGACCGUCACAAAGUGGAAGAUCAAGGAGGGUGAAAAGUUUGCCCCUGGGGAUGUUUUACUUCAAAUUGAAAACGAAACUGGUGUUUGCGAUGUUGAAGCUUGCAGUCCUGGAAUCAUGGGCAAAAUUCUGACACCAGACGGUACGGACCACGUCCCCGUCGAGGCUAUAAUUGCCAUUGUCGCCCGUGACGCCGCCGAACUCGCCUCCAUCCAAGCACAAGCCCUCGCACCCACACCUCCCCCCUUCGUCUCCACACCACCACCUCCAAGUGCCUCCCUCUCCUCUGCCUCCCUCUUCAACAGCACCGCAUCCCCAUCGACGACAACGGCAGGCGGCUCGUCGCCCAGGCACCCAGAAUUCAAACUCCCGGCGAUGAUGUCGCCCCGAACACCACGGACACCGUCCCUGUUCGAGAAACACGCGAUGGGGUAUGGGCAGCGCAGCGCUCAUAUUGGUGGACCCCGGGGUGUUCCCCCCAGUACACCCAUGUCGGCAACUGGUGCAACACCAUUGAGGCUAGACAUCCCUCCACCCUGUCCUUCGCCCAAGGGCACUGCUGGUUUGAAUUCUGCGUGGAAGACACCCGUGUCCGCGACUUAUUCCUCUCCGUUGCCUAGGAGCGGUGCUGCUCCUGCAGCGGAGGAUACCUCGGCAGUCCAGAUGGAUGGCGCUGCGUUGAGAAGGAUGAUCGUCGCCAACCUGGCUGCAAACAGGGGCAAUAGUGAGGUGGAGCAGUUGGUAUGGGGUACUUGA